CGCAUGUGGCAUCGAUUCAAGUCUAGCAAGUCUUUACAGUGUGGGAUAUCGCGCACUGCUUCAGGGGAGACGAUGUGCAUAUACGAGUACUACUAAUAAUCAUCCUACAACGCAACGAGUGGUAAACUAACAGAGUGAUUAUUCGAGUCCUAUAACUUGCUGCACAUCGGGAAAUAUAAGCAAGCCACAAUGACCAGGGCACAUCACAUCGGGAAAAAUAAAUCCACAGUUCCACAAAAUAGAAGUUCCAGAUCUAGAUUCUUGCUAUACGCUGAAUAUCACAGCACCAUCCAUUCCGCCACAGAGCAUGCAACAGUCAGUGACAAAACAACCAGUACGAAGGUAGAAACGGACCGAAACGAUUUGCAAGUCGAUGGCGCCCCGCCGCCCCCGUCUCGCCGUGGUCGCCCUACGCGGCCCCGGCCUUCUUGUCGUCGCCGCCCUCCGCGGCCGGGGCCUCGUCGCCGUGGUCGCCAUCCGCAGCUGCGGACGCGCCGUCGUCGUCGCCGGCCGCGGACUCGUCGUCGUAGUCGUCGCCGGCCGCGGACGCGCCGUCGUCGUCGCCGGCCGCGGACUCGUCGUCGUAGUCGUCGCCGGCCGCGGACUCAUCGUCGUCGUCGCCGGCCGCGGAGUCGUCGUCGUCGAAGUCGCCGGCCGCGGACUCGUCGUCGUCGUCGCCGGCCGCGGAAUCGUCGUCGUCGUCGUCGUCGUCGCCCUUGGACAGCGCGGAGAACUUGUUCUUCGGGCCACUGAGCUGCCCAGGCUUCAGCUUCAUCUGGAUGUGGGGCCCGCGUGGGGAAUCUCCGUGGAGGGAGUACUUUUUUUCUUUCUUGCGCAGCACUUCCCGGUCCCGCGCAGGCAAAACACCGCAAAAAAAGCCAUUAUACUUUAUUUUUUUUAGGAAAAGGGCCAACACUCCCCCGAUUUGGUGAAAAGCAAUGGGAGGAGACGAAGGGUGCAUCCAGAGUGACAGUCCGCGGCAAGGCCUGGAAGGUUCAAAGCAGCACCAACCACCUGACCAUGGCAGCGGCGUAGUACAAUAGCGUUUAUCUUAUCUGCAUCGCCUGUGCUCUGGCACACAACAGCAUUCCGCUACAGGACCUUUUUUUGUUUUGCGGGAUGCUGCAGCAUACUACCCCGUACUACUACUUUUCCUGAUUCCCAUCUUUUUCAAUGGAGUAUACUUUAUUGAACCAUGAGUAUUAUUAAUUAAUAAUCAUUGCGAAUUUU